AAAAGACCCUUCCCCAGCUCCCAACGGAAAGAAGUCUCGGUUCGCGGAAGCGGGUGCGGCCGCCGGACCGAGCAAACUAUCAUCAACCUCCACAGGUAAAAGGACCUUUACGGACGCCUCUUUUCUCCCUUCUCCCGGGGAGCUUCUGAGGCAACCGUACUUGACCAUCUGCAGCACCGAUGCGCAGAAGAAAAUUACAGAUCUUAACCUGUUUAAGACAGGAGAAGCACUAAGACAAGUUCUAGGGUACAUUCCAACGAAUGUUCAGAAACUGUCCUCUGGUGCUCUCCUCGUCAAAUGCGCAUCGGAAAAAGAACUGGCCAAAAUGGAAAAAAUCACGACCUUCGGCGGUGUUCCUUGUGUAUCCGAGCGACACCAGAAAUUCAACCGAUCGAAAGGCGUGGUCCGCAGCCAUGAGCUGAAGGGCUGCUCCAACGAGGAAAUUGUGGCAAAUUGCGAAGGUGUGGUCGAAGCCCGCCGGAUUACUCUUCGGCGGGGGGAGACCACACUCGAAACGAACACGAUCAUUCUAACUUUCGAUUCGUGUCGCCCUCCAGCCACCGUUCGGGCAUCUUACUUGGUACUCGAAGUACGACCCUAUGUGCCGAACCCUCUGCCCUCACAGUUACUUAGCGGGAAUUAG